AUGAACAUAGAAAUAGUUUUGACAAACUCAUCAUACGGAUAUCGAUUACCAUACAAAGUUUGGUUAUUAAAGGAACCAACGAACAUAAUAACCUACGUUUGCCUUUGUUUUUAUCAAUUUUUAAUUAUACCUUCUAUCGUAUUUGGUUACGUUGGUACGGAUUGUCUUUUCGUUAGUUUGGUACUUCACGUAAGUGGAUUAUUUUCUGCACUUUCCUACAAAGUCAAAUAUGUAUUGAACGAUACGUGCAAUCGUGAAAAACGUUUAAAACAACUGAUUAUUAGGCAUGUACGUUUGAUAAGAUUAUCGGAAUUAUUAGAAGAGGAUUUCAAUCUUGUAAUUUUAUUACAACUGAUAGGAAGUAUUUUACAAUUUUGUAUUGUUGGUUACGAUGCACUCGUGAGCUCCGUCUUAAGCGACGCAUUAUAUCUGUGCGAAUGGUACAACAUUUCAAAAGAAGAGAAAAAAUUAAUGCACAUUUGCAUGUUACGAUCGACUAAAGAAAUGCGUUUGACUUCGGGGAAAUUUUUUGUAUUAUCACUGACCACUUUCACCGACGUCCUGAAAACGUCGAUGGCUUAUUUUUCAGUCCUACGAACAUUUGUAUGA